AUUUUUAUCACGAACCGCCAUGCUCUCCCCACGAGAAAUAAGUAGGAUGUGAUAACGUACGUCCUACGUGAGAACUGUAAACGAUAACAGCAACUCGGACGACGGUGGUGCACGCAAUUAGCACAGACUGAAACUGAAAACAUGUGUACUAAAGUAUCAAAAGAGGCUCAGUUGCGUUACAUGACAUCAUGGUUUCAAGAAUGGUCAGAGAUGCAGCGGAGUGAUUUUCUGGAAGUGUUGCUGAAAUUCUGGGCUCCUCCGGAAAAGUUAAUGAACGGGCUACUAUCUGAGAUGGAGAAUUUGACUUGUGAAGGAUCAGAUAGGUAUCCAAGCCUGUUUCAAUGCCGUGUUGAGAUUUUCAGAAAAUGGAGUAAUACAUGGUUGCAGUCUGACAAAGAUUCCUUCUUGGCAAGUCUCAAGGAUAUGGACAGCAAAUUUGUUGAGAAAUAUGAAGAGAGGUUAUCAGCAUUAAUGGAGGACAAACAGUAGUAAAUUUUAAAGCAUUAUAUGCUUUAUAUGCAUUAUAAGCAUUAUAUGCUUUACUACUUGCAAAUUCCAUAAAAUAUGCCAUAAAAAUGGCAUUUCGAGUUUCUUUAAAUAUUGAUAUAAAUUGAUAUGAAUUUGGAAGACUUUUGCCAUUUUAUAUCUAUAUUCAAUUAUCCUAAAAGGAAGAGGAUAUUGUUUUACUACGAAAUAUUAAUGUCUAAAUUGUUUAUUUUGAAAGUGACAUAAGUAAAAUUCUGAAACUAACUGCACUAAUCAAGCAACUAUGUACUAAUAGUAAAACUAACAAAUUCUUUAAUUUAAUUAAUCUUAUUUAUUUUUAAUCAAUGUAUAUUUCGGAUUUUUGUUUAUGUCAUUUUCAAAGUGGGAAAGUCAGUUAUUGUAUUAAGAAAAUUGUUUAAGAUAAAAUAAGACCAAGAUAAUUGUACAAACGUUUACAAAAUUUUACUUUUUUUUAGUAUUUAAGAUGUAUUUCUUAUAUGCAUUCCUGUCUUUGCACCUCACAUGUGCCAAGUGUGCGCAUUACGAUCAAGUUUCAUCUCAUUAUAAUCACUGUUGUAUGUUGUAUCCAUAUAUUUAUCUAGGCUCGAUAUAUUCAUAUAUGCGUAUACAAUACAACAUAUCCAAUUGUAAGAAUAAGGUAUGGAUUAGGUAUUGUACUUGAUAUUUAAAACAGUUGAUUUUUGUAGCAGGAGUUAGGGAAUAUCCAUGUGAUUUGCACACAUAAUGAUUAUUACAGGUCUAUAUAUAGUUCUAAGGGCUUAAUAAAUUUUAAGGCCUCUGAUCCUUUGUUGUAAAAUCAUGUCGGAAGUAAGAAUUGUGUACCUAAUUUUUAAUCCUUCAGAUAUUGUUUGGUAUAAUUGCAAUGAGGGAUCAAAGAUUUUAAUUUUUAAUGAUAAUAAAGGGGACAAUAAUUUCUAUGAUGGUAUUAUCAAAAAUAAUUUAAGUCUAUGUAUUUUCUUGAUAAUCUAUGAAAGAAGAUACAAAUGUAUACAGGAACUUGCAAUGAGUACAAAACAAUUUUAUUUCAUUAUAUGCAAUAAACAUGUUUUAUCUUAAA